GAGCACCUUCUUCAUAGCGGAAGAAGUCUCCUCUUCGGUCAAGGCAACAUGGUUCCCUCCGGUUGUCAAUGUGAACGUAAACAAGCGUCUCACCUCUGAAACGACUGACACUGUGUCACAUCUUCUCCACAAACAGAAGCUGCUCGUCGAAGUCCAAAUGGCUCUCAGAGUGUGCGGUCGGUUCUUCCGAGACGGCGCCGUCCUCUCCAGGCUGGCGGUGGCGGCUCCAGAGGACCGUGCGUCACGGCUCCUCACGGCGGGAAGGGCGGCCCGGGGCCGAGGGCAGGCACCUGGAUUUAUCUUCACUCCGGCCUGUUUCAUUACUUCAGAGGCGUUUCUCAACAGGCUGAUUAAAGGCAAAGCAGCCGAGGAAGACGGCCGUCUUUACCGCCUUCCAGCCUCGGUUCCGCCAGACAGCGGCGAACAACUGUCUUUGUUACUGAGACAUCCAGAUCAGCCCGACAACCCAAAGGUUUUGAAAGUGGCCGUUAUUGGCGCCCCAAAUGCUGGGAAGUCGACAUUGUCCAAUCAGCUCCUUGGCAUAAAGGUGUUUGCUGUGUCCAAGAAAGUGCACACGACGCGGACCCGAGCAAUGGGCGUCCUAACAGAGGAUGACACGCAGAUAAUUUUACUGGACACUCCUGGUCUCACUUCUGUAUCGAAGGUCAAAAGACACCAGCUGGAGAAGACUCUGCUCACAGAUCCCUGGAACACGGUCAAAGAAGCCGACCUGAUGGUAGUCUUGGUGGAUGUGUCGGACAGAUGGAUGUGCAGCAGGCUCGACUUCGAGGUGCUCAAAUGCUUGGCCCAGCACCCCGACAUCCCUGCUAUCCUGGUGCUCAAUAAGGUCGACAAGGUCAAGGCCAAGGACCGGCUGCUGAGCAUCACAGCGGAGCUGACGUGCGGAGUGGUGAACGGACGGCGACUGCCCGUCAAGCCGGCGAUCAAGCCUCCGUGGGCUGAAAGGAGCCCAGAGAAGGACUUUUCGGAGUCACCGGCCGACGAUGACAGCACGGGGGGGGGGCCCGGCGAUAGCGCGGGCGGGCACCAUGGCAACGACAGGCCCAACUCCGCGCUGAGCAGAGAGCAGCUGAAGGCGCUGAGUAGCCAGCGCGGCUGGCCUCACUUCAAGGACAUCUUCAUGCUCUCCGCUGUGGACAGAGAGGACGUGGAGACGCUGAAGAAAUACUUCAUGGCCGGGGCCAAACCAGGAUCGUGGCAGUACCACAGUGAGGUUCUGACCGACCAGAGUCCAGAGGAGGUCCUCAGCAACACCAUCAGGGAGAAGCUGCUGGAGUACCUGCCCCAGGAAGUGCCCUAUUCAAUGACACAGUCGAUUGAACUCUGGCAAGAUGGAGAAAACAGCGAGCUGGACAUUUGGGUGAAACUUUAUGCAAAGAAAGACACUCACAUGAGGAUGGUGAUUGGCACAGCCGGCCAGAUGGUAGCGCGCAUCGCCCAGGAGGCGAGUGAGGACCUGACCCGUGUCUUCCUGAGGGAAGUCAAGCUGAAGCUUACAGUCAAGCUGAGGAAGUGAAGAGCAAUGUAAUGACUUUAAAUAGUGAAGAGGGGAUUCUAGGUGACUGCAAAAGUGGAACAAAGGAUAAGAUCCCGAGUCAGACGUGGAGCUAUGAGGUGGCAUUUAUCCACAGUGUCAGACCUCCACCUGAGAUGGACCUGUUUAAAGGAACUUAAGAGGAUUCUUCCACACACUCUACCUGGCUGUCAUAAUGACGAGCUCAUUAUAAUUUUCAGGGAAACGCUCAAACGUUUGACACAUCGGAGUCUGUAAAGUGAUGAAAGUAUUCACAUUAAAAGCAGACCACAAAUUACAAUUAUUGGCAUUUAUUUAGCAAAGACAUAUUUCAGGCACCGAGCAUGACACACACUCCCAUCAAAUGGAUGGUUUGACCCGGUGUAUUCAUGGAUGAGCAGGUCCGGUGACCCGUGAAGAGGCCGGUGGUUUAUCUCUGGCUCUCAGAGCAAGCGGGACCUCCACAGCCACGUCCACUCAAACGUCCCCGAUGUACCAUGCAGCCCUGUUCCCUCCACUCCCACACCACUUUAGCCCUCUCUGCCGCCUUUUGAAGUGUGGCCAACCAUCCCAGCGACUAUCGCUUUUUUUUUUUUCUUCUUUUUGUUACGCCGCUUUCUUCCCCCUCUCUCUCUCUUCCUCCCCCCCUCUCAGCUUCUUUUUGGGCUCUUUUAUAAAGCCCAGCUCAGCCCCCAGGGGCCGAAUCGUCUCCCUAAUGGAUGGCAAAAUGGAGCACUAACGCAAUGCUAAAAUGGGUCAGAUAAUGGCGAUUGGAUUGGUUCCCGGCUUGCCUGUGAGGUAACUCGGCGGUUACUCUAUCCGGGGCAUCUCCCUGAAUAACUAGCUAGUGGCCUGAAGCGGUGGGCGACAGGAGGGAGGGGGGGAGGCCUUGGAUGUCUCACAGGAGCGGCGUCAGCCCCUGGAGCGCUCCCUGCUCCGCGCCGCGGCUGCUUCCCGCCGAUUAGAUGAAGGCGCCCUGCGCGGCAGAGAUCCCCACUUAGACAAGCCAACCGCUGCUCGCUAGUUUUACAGCUGACAGUAAAGGAAGCUUUAUAUGCAUCUUAGUAUCUUAGAAAACGCCUGAUUUCAAUGCUGUGUUCUAAAUAAAAGUAAUGAGAAACUUGUUUUUGUUUUGGGAACCACAAGGUUUAUUGACAUGUGGAUGCCCAACAGAGCUUCAUACACAACACAUCAAUCACACAGCUGUCCUCGUCCUCCCGGCGCAGAUGACAUGGAGCGAGGGCCGUAUAACCCUUACCAUAACUGAAACUCAGUAAUGGUAACGGUUUGACGGCCUCUCCUCUGAGCGUGGCUCGUCGCAGUCGGUUAGCGUGCGCUGAUCGGCGGGGGGAAUGAGACCCUGGAUAGUACAUCAUCUAUACUGUAGUGUCUCUUUAAUAAACUUACAGUAUAAGAUGAUAUCCUGUCCGGGGCACAAGACAUAACAGUUAGCAGCCAUUUCCUGUGUUUGGGAUCUGCGAGGCAGAGGUAGACGGCUCAUUAGUGAUGCACAGCAGUGAAGGUCAACCAGUGAAAAUGUUAAUCAUCUGGAAAAGAUGGUAUUUUGGAGCGGG